AGACACUCUGUGGCAAGAAGGAGAAGGAGAAGGAGAAAUGGUGUCCCCACGCAGGCAAGUGCCGUCUAUCAUGUCUGGUCGAUCACAGAAGGACAGAGGAGGUGACCUGCGCAAGAAAGUGUUGUCCCGGUCGAGCAGCCCCUUGGGGAGUCCCAGGCGGGACUCUGCUGACCGAGAACUGGACGCAGUGGAAGAACGUCGCAGGAAAACCCAGGGCAGCAAUCAAUAUGUUGACCACCGAAGUGCUACAAGUUCCGACGACCCUUCAUUGCGAAGACGUCUGUCUUUGGACUCGUCAAUGACACAAACGAUGCCUGGAAGACCGCCUGGGGAAGGAGCACUAGAGCCUGGUGGGUCAUACAGAAGCAAGUCCUUUGACAACGCAACCAUGGGCCGACGAAGUGUCUUUGGCCCUGUGGAACCCACACAAAAAAUGUCUCUUGCUGGAAAUGGUGUGGAGGGCGACAACUUGAGUUAUAUUGUAGGUUCGUUGCUCGAAGACUUAUCAGGUCCCCCAACCCCAGAUAGGAGAGAUUUUGAAGAACAGGACAAUGUACAGGAGAGCUCAAUGCAGCAUACUGGGACCACUGCAGCAAUGGAGCCAGCAGAGGCACGGUCACGGAGAUCUUCAAUUUCAUCAUUCGGAAGUCUUCCAAGGAACAGUGGGGCGCAAAGACAAAGAGCAGGUAGCAUUUCUUGGGAGCCCUCCUUGGGAUCAGGAGGGGGCGUGCAUUCAGGCACAUCAGGGAGAGAGGAAGGGGGGUUACUGAGAGAUGGCACCGGUGGGGCCAUGCAAAUGGAAGGGAGAGAGAUUUCCAGAGCGGAGAUAGAGGAGCAGGAGGCUGAUGCUGCUAUUGACAGCUUAUUUCAAUUGCCACCAAGGGAUGACUCAGCUGCUGGCAAAAGGCAAGAUGGUGCAAAUUCUGGGGGAAGAAUGUCUGUCGGGGGCGAGGUUAUGCAGCAAUUGGUAUCAGAAGUUGAGCGGGACAUGCUAGAAACUCAGCAGGAGCAGUGGCAGCAGCAUCGGCAUGCACGACGGAGUCGACUUAUGCAUACUACAGUAGGUGAUGGGAGGGACUCGAUGCAUCGUCGGAACUCGGAGCCUCCAGUGUCGGUUGUGGAUCCAUGGAAAUUGGAGGGGGCUUUGGACCGGAGGGCGAGUGUCAGUGUGCCAAGCCGCUGUGAAAUGGAUAUGUAUUUCAGUAGUCAGUAUGGUGGUGUCGUUGGUGCAAGCAGUGAGGAGAUAAGGGCAGGGGACGACACGGUUCCAGUUAUCAGAGAUAGCGUAGGGGUUAGAGAGGGGGAUGGGAUUGUAGAUGGGGCAGUUUUGGGAGUUGAACUCGAGAGUGAUGGGGAUGACAGCAGUGAUGGACGCCAAAGAAGGUCUGGGGAUGCCAGUAGUCAAAGAAGCUCUUCUUCUGCGGUAUAUGGAGCUCGUGAUAAUGGCGGCAUUAGAAUGAGCAGGUUGGGUGUCAGUAGUUCUAGGGAUCCAGCAAUUAGUGUUGGUCACACACAAUCUGCAAGGUUGUCAGUAGCGGGGGAUGCAAUCAUUGACGAGCUGUUGGCUGUGGUUGAGGAGGACAUUCUUCACGAGCAGUUAAGGGAUGGUGUCAGUAAAACAGAGUCCAGGAGGGUUUCAGAGCCUGCAAGGUUUGCAAUGCAGGAAGGGGAAGGGGAUGGUGUAAGGCGCAGAACAGAACUUGGAGGGAACACUGGAACAGUUGGAAUUGCCUCUAAACGAUUGGCAAUGGCAUCAGUUAGAGGAUCUCAAUCAAGAGAGCAGAUUCUAAGCAUGUUAUCCUCAGUUAAGGAAAAGUUAAGGAAGCUGAGUCUAUCUGUCUUAGAUGAAGAGCUGUUUCUGCCAAUGCCAAGGAGGGAGUUUGGGAGCAGGCUGGGCGACCGGUUCCAACCAGUGUUAGAGUUCAACGGUGUUCAAGACCCCAGGAGGUCAACCAUGGGAACUGGGGCAGAGAGUAAUGAGGGUAACAGACCUGUUGAUGGGCAUCGAGCACAGGGGAGAUCUGCACCUGUCUCACUUGAAGCACGUGUGUUGUUGCCUGGUAGUGUUAUGGAUGAUCUUGGUGGUAUCGUUAACAAGCUAAGGCAAGAUGUGGACACACUGGUAGCCGAGCGAGUGAAAUGGGUCGAAAGUGAAGUCGUGAAAGUGAAAGAAGAGUUGGAGAAGACGAUGCGGCUCGUCUCUGGGCAUCGAGUGGGAGAAGAAAAGGGAUCAAUGGAUAUGGAGUUGGUGGGGAGGAUGAUGGGUGACCUAGAGUGGUUGAAGAGAGAGAUGGACAAAGUCAAUGCACACAUGGAGCAAUCCUUAUCUUCCGUGGAGAAGAGGAUGCAAGAAAUGCAGCAGAUUUCUGGCAUUGUGACUGCCAUGGAGCGUGAGCUCAGGGAUAUGCGAAUGGAGAUGGAUGAAGGAAAUCAGCGGAUGAGGUCCCUCGAGCGGGCGGUUGAAGAAGGUAGAAAAGAGAGAGGAUGGAUCUUUGAGAGGAUGGACAAUUCUGUGAAAGCUUCAGGAGAUGACGGCACAAAAGUGGACCUUUCCAAGAUUUUCUCACGGUUUGACAGGCAAGAUGAUCGUCUGGGUGCACUGGAGGACACAGUCGCGAAACUGCUUGCUAGAGAUGGUAAUAUGAAUGAGGGACUGAUGAGGAGAGGGCAACAGGGUUGGGAGAUGAGGAAUGCAGAAAGAGGGGGGAUUACGACAGAAAGUGGCCAUAGCAUAGCAGGGGGGGAUUUGGUAAUUGUCAGAAGAGAUCAGGAGGAUGGUGCCAGAUCUAGUGAGCAGAUCUCUGGUCUUGAGUCUGGCAGAGUACUUGUGGGAUCAUCGCGAGGAGUGGAUACAUUGCAAGUUGAUGAGGCUUCCGUUGAUCCCAUAAUUGGCGAUAAUUGGUCGAAGGUGGGUCUGGACUCUGGAGGUAUGCGCUCCUCUUUUGCGGCUCGAGAUAGUGUGUUGAUAGAUGCAAACAUCAACACUCAGGGAGGGGAAACUGAACGCGCUGUGGACGAUGUCCUCCAACUGAUGCUGGAUGGUGCUGCUGCAAGAGCUAGUUCGAUGCCAAGCUCAAAAAAUGAGAUUGCUGCCUUGUCCACUUCCAGUCCGCGAGAAGUGGAUGUACAUGGUGGUUAUGAGGAGGUACUCGAUGCCUGGAGGAAGAUAGAACACGCCAUUGAGGAUGUGCGAGUUGAUGUAACCCAAAAGUGGACUGGGAUUAAAGGCGAGGUUCAGGGCCGAUUCCAGUCGCUGGAGGCGUGGUGUGCGGACAUGCAGAACCAGGUAGUUACCUUGUGUGGAUUCCUCUUGUCCGCUCAAUCGUUCUCUCCCUCCACCCAUCCGUACCGUUUUCCUGACACCCCUUCCUCGGGCAUGGCAGACAUCACAUCUGCACAAUGGCAGGCCAUGCUGGACGCAGCGGACGAGGCCGGGAAGCCGUUCUUUCAGAAGUUGUAUGAUGAUGCAGUGCAGAGGGAAAGGGAGGCAGAGGCAGCAGCCAGAGCUGCCAACAUUGCUGAUCAGGUGGCUCUCCUUCGGAUCCCGGAAGCCAAUGCUGACCGGUUCCAGGAGGAACUAGCUGCUGCCAUAGCAGCCUUGGUUCGACUGCGGACCUUGGAAAACCUUGAGUCCCGUGUGACAGCACUAGAGCAGCGAAACCAAGAGCUGCAGGCUGAGAUAAUCAGCCUCAAACAGUCCCAACUGUCUGCCCCCCGCCCUCCUAACCCUCGACCUGCGGCAGUCCCAGUCUCUCAACCCAACACAGUCCUCAUGACAAGGGCAAGUGGAACUGUGACGAGUGCAGGAUCCGGUGCCAGCUCCUUGAGCGGCAGCGCCGGCAGUUCUGCACUAGUCAUAGUCCCAAAUGCGAUGACAUCAGCCCAAAACGCCACAGUCCCUACUGGCGUUCAGUACAACGGUCCCAUGGUGGACAAGCGGGCGGCCACUCUGCCGUCCAAGUACGACGGGAAAGCGGACAUCACCUCUUGGAUUAGUUCCAUGCGGUCAUACUUCGAGGUCAUGCGGACACCACAAGAGGACCGAAGUAUGAUCAUGGGGACUAAUACUGAGCCCGUCGUACGGAAUUACAUUGAGCUCCAAGUUGUUGCUGCAGGUUAUGAACGAAUUGACCUGACUGAGUGGCUGAAGCUCAAGCAGCAACGCCGUGUUCAAGGGAGUGUGGAGCUAACCUUCUUUAAACUGCUCAUUAACCGCCGAUACAUCCGCGUGCUGAUCGAUAGUGGCUCAACCACUAACUUCUUUUCUCUUAACGGGAUUCGUAAGGCGGGCCUGGGAAUGAAGCAAGUGGAACUGCAGAACCCUUGUCAGACCCAAGUGGGCAACCAAGAGUUUGUCACCUCUACACAUGUUGUCAAAGGUGUGCGCGUCACCUUUGACAAGGACCGCACUGUCACACAUGAGCUUAACUUCUAUGUCAUGGACAAGUGUCCGUUCGACGCGGUCAUUGGCUUGGGCUGGUUAAAGGCUCAUUGCCUAAGGACCACAUGGGCGGACAAUCAGUUCGUGGUGCGUGAUGCCAAGGGGAACGAGCGUACCGUCCUAUUGGAUGAGGCGCGCGAGUCCCCUGUGACUCUUCUAAGUGCAACCAAAUUCUGCAAAUCAGUGCGCAGGCGCAAGGAGAUUGAGCAUGUACAUGUAGCUUUUGUAAAGCCUAUUCAUGUGCCUUCUACUUUUGCUGCGUUUUCUACCUUGGUAAGUAACUCUACUUCUACCACCUCUGCUUCUAAUCCAUCUACUUCUACUGUGAAUAAUCCCUCUACUUUUGAUCCAAAUACUUCAAAUCCGGUUGUAAUUGCUGUAAAUUCUCGAACUGAUUUCCUUUCUCCUGAUGAGGAUGAUCCUCCACCGGAAGUCCCAAGAAACAUUCGCCAGCUAUUAGAUCGAUUCCCUAAAGUUUUGGCCGAACCUCGUGGAGUUCCCGAGCGUCCGGUCAAACACAAAAUCGAGAUAAUAGAGGCGAGUGUUCCUCCAAAGGGCUGCGUCUACCGUAUGGGACAAGGCGAGUUGGAGGAGUUGAGAAGGCAGAUUGAUGAUAUGAUUGAUCGUGGAUGGAUUAGGCCCAGUGAGUCUGAGUUCGGUGCACCUGUCCUGUUUGUGCCAAAGAAAGGAGGCAAACUCCGGAUGUGUAUUGACUAUCGUGGCCUUAAUCGGAACACAAGAAAGAAUGUUUACCCUUUGCCUCGCAUAGAUGAUCUGCUAGACGCGGCAGGUGGGUGCAAGGUCUUCUCCAAGAUCGACCUCAAAUCUUGUUACCACCAGAUUGAAGUUGAUCCGAGUGACCAGCACAAUACUGCAUUCAAAACACGCGAUGGGCUGUACGAGUUCAUCGUUAUGCCCUUCGGUCUUACGAAUGCACCGGCCACAUUUCAGUGCCUCAUGGACAAGGUACUUCGCCGUCAGCUCAACUGGUUUGUGGUUGUGUACCUUGACGAUAUCCUGAUCUUCAGUAAAACCAUAGAAGAGCACCUCAACCACCUUAAGGAAGUUUUGCAGGUCCUCAAGGAGGCGCAGCUGCACCUCAAGGUGAUUGGGGAUGAUUUUGGUCCUUCAUAUGUGAUUGACGUGCCUCCUCAUCUGCGCACGUAUCCGGUCUUUCAUGCGUCCAAACUGUUUCCACAUAUUGAUGAUGAGACGUUUCCCUUUCGAGACCCUAUGAUACCUCGCCCUAUCGACGGCGGCCAUGAGAUAGACCAAAUCGUUUCUCACGAGGGAAGAGGGAGGAACAGACAGUACAAGGUUCACUUCCUCUAUCACCCGUUGACUGAAUUUUUCUGGAUCGACCGAAAAGAGCUGCUAAAGAGUGUUCCCCCUACGAGUGCGGCGUGGUGUGGGAUCUGUGUCCCAGUGUUCAUGCAUGGUGGUCCCAUUGCAGUGGUAUCAGAGCAGACUCUCUUUGUCUUCCGAGUGGCAUUUGACCUGAAGCCAGUGGAGUUGGAUUACUCGGGCAUGAUCGGGCGAUGGGCAACGGUGCUACAGAGCAUGGACUUUGACAUCCGUCAUCGGAAGCACGAGAGACACGGGACCGCGGAUGGAUUGACACGACUGCACCGGCCUGAGAAAAUUCUGAGGAAUGAGGAGGUGAUUCCGUGGAAUGAACCCGAGCAGAAGAUUGGACCUCGGUACGGCCAAGUGGAGAUCUUAUCGAAGCAGAUACAGGUGACGUGGACGGGCACUAGCGAACAUCCCUCGUGGAUCGAGAAUCCGGAGCUGCUGAUCAUAAAGGGUUGGAGGACUAACGCGGAAGGAGAUCUUAUUGGAUUCCUCUUUGGAUCGGUACGACCGGGUCGCCGUCAGUUGAUUGCACAGGAGCUCAUCGCACCGAUCGAUACGCUACCAUCGCGGCAGAAGUAUCUGAAGUCGUAUGAGAUCGACCCUCACGCCUUCUACCCGAGGGCAGAAGAAGUGGUGAUCGACGACGACGACGACGAAGAAGAAGACGACGACGAGGAAUCAUCGGAGGAGGGAAGCUAUAGUCGACAUAGCGAGGGCGAGCUGAGUGAGGAGGAAGAGGAAGAAGAAGGAAUCGGGUCCGAGUUGGAAGCCCCGCCGGAGGAAGCGACGCGUACAGGAACGGAGGUGGAAGAUCCGGAAGCAGCGCGAAAGCGCGAAGAGAUUGCCUCCGGAAGGCGCCAGCUGGAGUUCGCUAGCGAGGCUAGCCUGCGCAUUGGUAGCGAUCCGAUCAGGGAUCCAGAGCCGCCGAGGCCCGAAGAUGGUGACCCUGCAGCCCAGUUGGCAAAGGGAAAGGAGGAGGGAGACAAGUUGAGGGAAGUUUCGAAGGAGAAGAAGAUUCUAGAAGAGUCCAAGGGGAUUGUUGCAGCUGCCCUAAGGGGAACUGAUGAUGUAGUGGCCGCAGUGACGCAGAUAAGGGAGCUACAAAACUGGCACCACACAGUCAACGCCAGUUUCGAGCAAGAGAUGGAGGGAAUUGCCCUCAUCUUUGCCGAAUGGAUAGUAGAGUUGACUGUAGGAUUCAAGGAGAGACUGGAAGCACAUACGAAGAGGUUGGAGAAUGAGAUAGAGGAGGAGAUAAGGAAGACGGUCAACGAUCGUGAGAAUGUCGUCGUGCUCGAAGCAAUCGCGGGGGAACGGGCCGAUGACGUCCAUAGCAAUGGAGAGGUUGGGUUCUUGAGGGAUGGGCAACGGAUGCAACUCGCCAUAGGGGUUGCGGUUGUGGGGUUCGCUUCGUCGGCAAACUUUGCAAGAUUCACAAUACCGAGCGACAUUGGUAACGAGGUCGGGCCACAGGAACCAUUGUCGAAGUCUUGCGAUCAUACGGUUGACUCCGAAGUGGUCGGCGAGUCGCGAGUCGUGGCACUCGCCGAGAAGGCGAAUCUGUACGAUUCCGGCGGGAGCUUCAAAGACAUCGUCGAAGGAGUCACGAAGCGUUACGAUGCGUGGGUCCGGUGGCACUUCAGUCGCUGGCUCGUCGGGAGGAGGGAGGGCGUGCAAGAAGCAAAUGGCCAUUUCCUCAACGUCGUGUCAUGCGAUGGAGUUGGGAAUGGUUGUCGCGAAGACCACAUGACAACCAAUCGAAGGGUGAGGUGGAGGAACCGUGUAUGGGACGAGUAUCCCGCUCCGAUCAUGAAUGUGAACAGUGCGGCGAUAGAAGUUCACUGGGCGUUCCUCGCUUCGCAGCCACGACAUGCCCAAGAUCAUGUCAAACUUUGUGUCCAAGAUGUCGAAGGACACAUCCUCACGUGCGUGCGGGGCGAAGUACACGGGCGCCGCGUCAAUGCACCGGUCAAUAGACUUGUGCGUUUGACCGUCGACCAACGUGACUUACGUGGGCUGCGACUUCCUUCGAGCACGCAGGCCGAGGCCGGCGUGUGCCAUGAAGUCUUGGCUGAUGUAGUUGCGAGUAGCUCGACAAUCGAUCAAGGCGCUGCAGGUCGCCUUUCCAAUCUGAAUGCGGAUGUAGAGUAACGACGCAUCGAUGUUGGCGUACCGUUGCGUGGCAUGCUUGCGGUCGAUCUUCGCAAUAAAACUUGUGAAGGUCA